GAUACCCCGUCCACCUGUCCUGUCUGUGGACGUGAGGAGGCAGUGUCCCAUGUCUCCAUGGUGUGCGAGAGGUUGCGGCCCCUGUUUGAAUAUCUGAAGGGGACGCUCCUCAAGUUCUCCCUGCACUUCAGUCCCGCGCUCCUGGUUUAUGGGCACCCGGUAAGGAGGGGGGUGUCCGUCGGAGGAUCUUCUCCUGGGUCUGGCCAAGAUGGCAUUUGAUGGUCCAGGCAGUGGUCUGUCGAGGUCUCUGGCCGAGACGACUCCCUGUCCCUCUUCCCGGGCUACAUGCGUGCCAGGGUGUCUUUGGAGAGAGAGUAUGCGAUCAUUAUGAUACAGUGGGAGAUUUCCGGAUACGGCGGGCACCCCAAUGAAUUGAGUGCGUUAUUGGUAAUUAUGAUAACUGAUUUUAAUAUGAAUUCACUAACUAUUGUACUUGCUUUGUUCGUUUGUUAUACAAAAUGGUGGUGAGGCUGCGCCGCACUGCGGGAGGGGCGGCGAGGAGGGAGCGGCUCGCUGCGGAUGGUGGGCGACGAGGGAGCGCCAUGCUGUGGGAGGAGUGGAACAAGCUUCCUGGUCUUACGUUACUGGUUCGCGGGAGGCGUCUGCCGAUGCACCAAGCGGAUGGACGGGAAAACCGUGAUCAUCACCGGCGCCAACAGCGGCAUUGGAAAGGAGACGGCCAGAGACCUAGCGAGGAGAGGAGCACGUGUAAUCAUGGCCUGCCGGGACAUGGCGCGCAGCGAGGAGGUUGCGGAGGAGUUGCGGGCCAGCACGGGGAACGAGCAGGUCCUGGUGUCCCAGCUGGACCUGGCCUCCAUCCAGUCCGUGCACGGCUUUGCCAGGGAAAUUGCCGAGACCGAGGGCAAGAUCGAUGUGCUCAUCAACAACGCAGGGGCUCCCAUUGGUCCGAGGCAGGUGACAGAGGACGGCUUUGAACUGCAGAUCGGUGUCAACCAUUUUGGCCACUUCCUGCUGACCAUCCUGCUUUUGGAACCGCUGAAACGCGGCGCGCCGAGCCGCGUCAUCAACGUUGCCAGCCGGGCACACCACCUCGGCAGGAUUCGCUUCAACGACAUCAACAUGAACGAGCGCUAUGAUUCCCUGUUGGCACACUGCCAGAGCAAGUUGGCGAACGUCCUCUUCACCCGGGAACUCGCUCAGCACCUGCAAGGGGCCGGCGUUACUGUGAAUGCGGUGCACCCUGGUCUGGUCUGGACUAAUAUGCUCAGGUCCAUGAUGUGGCAUCAACCCCUCUUCAUCCGUCUGAUGUUGGCUCCGUUCUACUUCUGCCUAAAGACGCCCAAGCAAGGGGCUCAGACCAGCAUCCACUGUGCCGUGGCACCUGACCUGGAAGGGGUCACUGGUCAAUAUUUCAGUGACUGCGUGCAGAGAGAAGUUUCCUACUAUGCCCAGGACGCCUGUUCGGCCAAGGCCCUGUGGGACAUGAGCUUAGAAAUGGUGGCCCUGGAGGUCUCGCCGAGCAACAUCAACAACAGUCUGUACUGGUUGCUGGCCCACCGGAUCCGAAGGAACAACAUCAAGAAGAGCCACCUGUGUGUUUACUGAGCU